GUGUGCGUGCGUGUUAUUGCUGAGCUGUGCUGUAGUGUAAAGACGUUGCUGUCAUAACCGCGGCAGAUGGAGGGUGAAUUGAAACUCUUUAGAAACGGGCCGAUCAUAACUUCCAGUGUGUGCGGUAUUCAACUCAUGACAAACACAAAAGCCGUCAUUAAAAGAGAAAACCAGCCUACUGAGUGCACGUUCACGGUUUUCCCAGUUAAUAAAAUGCAUAAAACGGUGUUAACCAAGGGGGAGUGUGAGAAGUUGUUAAAAGACUGUACAGAUAAGUGCCCUUUCUGUAAGUACACCAGCAUGCCACCGCUGGUGUACUAUCACAUUAAAAAUCACAUUCAGUUGGCAGUGAUACACCAGGAUUUCACAAUCAUAAAAUGCAACUUAAACUGUCGGGCAAAAUCUCACUUUCACUGCUGCUACUGUUCAGAGACUGUAUUAAAUCGGGCACAUUUGCUGGCACACAUUGCCAGACAUUCUCCCCAGCCUCAUCCACCCAACAUAGACUCAUCCACCCUGCAGCCUGGUGCCCUGUCACCUCAGCCGCCCGGCACUCUAACAUCUCACCUGACCGGCACCACGCCACCUCACUUGACCGGCGCUCAGCCUCCCAGCGCCCUCCCACCUCAGCCGCCCGGCGCCCUGCAACCUCACUCGACCGAUCCUCAGCUGCCCGCCGCCCUGCCACCUCACUCAACCGCCGCUCAGCCACCCGGCGCCCUGCCACCUCAGUCGACCAGCGCCCUGCCACCUCACUCGACAAACUCUCAGCCGCCCGGCACUCUGCCACCUCACUCAACCGUCGCUCAGCCACCCGGCGCCCUGCCACCUCCAUCAACCGGCACCCUGCCACCUCAGUCGACCAGCGCUCAGCCGUCCGGCGCCCUGCCACCUCCCUCGACCGGCACCCUGCCACCUCACUCGACCAGCGCUCAGCCACCAGGCGCCCUGCUAUCUCAGCCACCCGGUGCCCUGCCACCUCAUUUGACCGGCGCUCUGCCAAUUCAGCCAACCAGCACUCUGCCAAAACGCCCUGGAAGAAAGACUGUUACUUGCAGCCAAUGUAAUUUGACUUUGCUUGUGAAAAAUCUAAGAACUCAUAUAAGAAGGCAACACAGUGACAAAGACAAUGCAGUAACUCCUGAAAGGCACUUUCAGUGUCAGUGCAUUGAUAAUAACAUUGGCAUCUUCGCGGUUGAGAAGGCUUUCCAUGGCCAGGCAACGCCCAUCCAUGUAGUAAAAAAUACUUGGGGCCCAAACUUUCACUCAGAGUGUGAUCUUGAGCAGUGCAAUGUAAAUGCUGGACUUGACACAAAAAUAUCAGGGAUGGAGGGACACAGUUCAAGGAUCAGCAGGAAGAGGAAGCGCGAGAAGCUGAAUGGAAAAACGAAGAAGAUGGAGUGUGUCCGAAAAGUUCCACGGAGAACUUCGUGUGUGGGAGAUCCUGCACCAUUUUCUGAUGAGCUGGAGGUUGCAGAUUUACCAUAUGUUCGUGUUAGCAUGGAGGAGGCCCGACGUGGAACUCCAGAAGGUCGUCCUGUACGCGUGUAUGCUGAUGGGAUUUUUGACAUGUUUCAUUCUGGACAUGCUCGCGCUCUGAUGCAGGCAAAGUGCCUCUUCCCAAAUACGCAUCUCAUCGUAGGUGUAUGCAGUGAUGAUCUGACACAUCAAUUCAAGGGCUUCACUGUCAUGAAUGAGGAUGAGCGUUAUGAUGCAGUGAGUCACUGCCGUUACGUCGAUGAAGUGGUCCGGAACGCUCCGUGGACGUUGACGCCCGAAUUUCUGGCUGAACACAGAAUAGACUUUGUCGCCCAUGAUGACAUCCCAUACAUCUCAGCAGGAAGUGAUGAUGUGUACAAACAUAUAAAGGAGGCAGGCAUGUUUGCACCAACUCAGAGAACAGAGGGCAUUUCCACAUCUGACAUAAUCACACGUAUCGUGCGCGACUAUGAUGUUUAUGUGCGCCGUAACCUUCAGAGAGGCUACACUGCCAAAGAGCUGAACGUCAGCUUCAUCAAUGAGAAGAAGUACCACCUGCAGGAGCGUGUAGAUAUGGUAAAGCAGAAGGUGCGAGAUGUGGAGGAGAAGAGUAAAGAGUUUGUGCAGAAGGUGGAAGAGAAAGGCAUCGAUCUCAUACAAAAGUGGGAGGAGAAAUCCCGAGAGUUCAUCGGGAACUUUCUGGAGAUGUUUGGGCCAGAGGGGGCGCUGAAGCACAUGCUGAAGGAGGGUAAAGGACGAAUGUUGCAGGCCAUCAGUCCCAAACAAAGCCCUAGCAGCAGUCCAACACGUGAGGAACGCUCUCCAUCCCCAACCUUCCGUCUUCCCUUCUUCACCAGGACGUCCUCACCGUUCUCUUUACCUUCAGCUCAGCACAACAGCACACACUACAUCAGCCAGGACGAGGACGACUAGAGACACUCACAGGGAACUAAGUUUCACAUGGAUCGUGUUUUAAAUCGUGUUCUUCAAAGCCAUCAUGAAGGAAUGAAUACGGAGGUUCACAGCCGUUUCAGAAUCAGCACAAUAUAGUGACCAAUUUAAUCCACCCAUAGACUUUCGAAUAGAUUUCGAUUGUACAUCUUUGCUCUAUGCACCCCCCCCCCUUUCCUUCAGAGAGAUUUGCCACAGACCACUAAACUAAAAUGCUGCGUGUUGUUGUGUGUUAAGGGACCUUGCAUAAUUAUGCAUUUUUAGGGGUUCUAAUCAGCACACAAAUGCUUAGGAUUUCAGAGCAAAACACAAUCUCUAUUUUAGGGUAUGCAUAAAAAAGCAAACCUGCAUUCAUUGUUUGGAUCUUGAAUGUGCCAAAUUUGAGACUCGUUCCAGCUUGUGGGAGAAUCCUGGGACAGACGAGUCAUCUCAGUUUCUUUAUUUGUGGCACACACAGUGUUUAUAGUUAGUAAGAGUAGCUUUUUUUUAUUUCAGUCAUGUGUUCUGUUUAUCAGUGAUUUUUGUUUUUCUGUUUCUCUCUAUUGUAAACUUUAGAUGUUUUCUCUAAUAUGGGCAUCAACUUAGUUAAAAGUCUUAUUCAAGGUAUACUAUCGAGGAGUCGUAAAGACCCCAGUAUUUCAGUCUGUGUCUGUUUGGCUAGUCCUGGCACCUCCCUUUAAACCCUGUGCUGUUCUGUGGCAUGAAUCCCAGCCUUUUUGUAAAGCAUUUGACGGCUGAAUGUUUACAUUACCCAAGGCAGUAUUAAGACAAAGGAUACGAGGACAUUUGUUAGUUUACAUAAGACAGGACAAUGUUAGUAGGAUUAUACAUGUGCCAGCAAGAAAGAUAACUCAGUAGUUACAAAAUAACUUGGGGGUCGGUUUGCAUUGAAGUAUCACUAUAAAAAAAAGUGAAGAAUGAGUGACUUAUUUAUGGAUUAAGAGUAAAAUGACUUCAAACUACAAAUGUUAUGUUUCUUGUGGUGUCAAAGAUAGACACUGUGUAUUAAAGCAUCUUUAAUUUCCAAUAAUAUAAGAAUUUUAGAAAAAGAUUAAAUACAAAAAUUAACUUGUUCCUUUUGUAUAGUCAAUUAAAUAAGAAUAAUAUACAGUAAUUUGCUUGAA